UAGUUUGACAGUCGAUUGAAUAUGUGCUGAGACUGGAAGCUAAUCAUUAAAAGGCGCUGCUUACAAUAAAUGCUGUCUUACACCUCGCACAUUCUAAUCUUUUUUAGCAGCAAAUGCUGCUGAUUCACGCCGACAAGGAACUAUUGGCUGGGAGUUUAAGUUGCAUUUCCUGUGAACCUUCAAUCCUUGAAAUUUAAGAUGGCUUCCACUCUCCUCUCUCGGCAACUAAAUUACAUAUUGCAGCAGAACAUAAAGUUUUCACUGCCCCGAUCUCGAUAUGUUAGUCAGCCUGCGAACAAGACAGACGUGGAUGUCGAGUUUGAUGGACCAUUGAUGAAAACGGAAGUACCAGGACCGAAAUCUCGGGAGUUAAUGAAGAAGCUGAAUGAGUUACAGAACAUAGAUGCCGUGAAUUUCUUUUGUGACUACGAGGAAAGCCGGGGAAAUUACUUGGUGGACGUUGAUGGCAACAGGAUGCUUGACCUUUACACACAGAUCUCUUCAAUCCCCAUUGGUUACAACCAUCCUGCAUUGAUUAAAAUGCUGCAGAAUCCACAGAAUGUGAGUUCGUUCAUAAACAGACCUGCCCUAGGAUGCAUGCCUCCUGAGAAUUAUGUUCAGAAACUAUCUGACACUCUGCUUUCAGUCGCUCCAAAAGGUUUGAAGCAGGUACAAACUAUGUCAUGUGGCUCCUGUUCAAAUGAGAACGCCUUCAAAGCAGCUUGCAUCUGGUAUCGAAACAAAGAAAGAGGAAAUGCUAUACACACAAAGGAAGAGCUGGAAUCUUGUAUGGUCAACAAGGCACCUGGUAGCCCUGACAUAACUAUUUUAUCCUUCAUGGGCGGUUUUCAUGGAAGAACAUUUGGUUGUUUGACAGCAACCCAUUCUAAGGCUGUCCACAAAUUGGACAUUCCAGCAUUUGAUUGGCCUGUAGCGCCUUUUCCAAUAUUGAAAUAUCCUCUGGAAGAGUUUGUGAGAGAGAACGCACAGGAGGAAGCUCGAUGCUUGGAGGAGGUGGAAGACUUAAUAGUAAAGUUCAGAAAGAAGGGUAGAAACGUGGCUGCCAUUAUCAUUGAGCCAAUCCAGUCUGAGGGGGGAGACAACCAUGCAACAAAUGACUUUUUCCAAAAACUUCGUAACAUUGCCAAAAAGCAUGGCUGUGCUUUCUUGUGUGACGAAGUCCAGACGGGAGGUGGUGGCACUGGCAAGUUUUGGGCACACGAGCACUGGGGCAUGGAUGAUCCAGCUGAUAUCGUCACCUUCAGUAAGAAGUUGCUGUCAGGAGGCUACUUUUACAAGGAUGAGCUAAGGCCUGACAUGGCCUACAGGAUUUUCAAUACAUGGCUUGGAGACCCUUCAAAAAAUCUCAUGUUUUCUGAAGUACUUAAUGUUAUUAGGAGAGAAAAACUCUUGGACAACGUCAUUGAAAGUGGCAAGGUCCUAUUACAGGGUCUUAAGGAUUUACAGAUUCUCUAUCCACAUGUUUUGAGUAGAGCCAGGGGGAAAGGUACAUUCUGCUCUAUAGAUGCACCCAACGAUGCAAUAAGAAAUAAACUUGUCCUGAAAAUGAGAAAUAAAGGUAUUGUACUUGGAGGCUGUGGAGAAAAGUCUAUUCGAUUCCGUCCUGCUUUGAUAUUCAAGCCACACCAUGCACACCUCUUCCUUAAUGUUUUCAGUGAUGUUCUGGCUGCCCACAAAUAAAUCCAUGAACACAGCAGGCAGCACAAAAGCAUCCACAAGCCACAAUCUAGAUUACAUGAUAGUGUAAUUUCCUGACCAUUUGUUCAACGUUGACAUCAACCAUUUUGCCAACUUUUUAAAAACAAUCAAUAAUGGCGAGUUUGAUCUCUACAACCCUUUCAAAUGUGUAAAUUGUGUAUCAUUUAACAAUCUGUGAAUAAAACAGCAAAUAACAUUACAUAUAAAUUAAUGUUAAUUUUCCAUCGUAAUAUGCUUUGUGUAUAAUGUUGCAAGUUGAACAAUACCACAUUAAUGUAACUUCAGUUUCAUAAAUAGUCACCAUUGAAAUUUUUACUAUUUUGUAUGUCACCUAUGGCAUUUAUGACCUACAGUAGGGAAUUUGUGAUCUGUUCUAAAAUGCUGCACACACUACUUUGUGAAUUAAUGGUGGAUUAUUUCAAAAUAAUUUCAGUUCAAUUUGAAACAUGUCAUGCAUUUACUAUGUCAAAAUAACCAGAAAGCCUAGUUGCUUGAGUAAGAUGUCUUAAGCUUGGUCAGUUCACCCUAUAUAGAAAUUGAUAUAAAUUUAUUCACCAUGGCCAUCUGUAUCUUCCAAUAAAACCUAGUUUCUUUAAAUGAUAUAUAUUGUUGAAAAAGAUGAUCUACAAUUUUACUCUAUCAUUAAACUAAUAGGAUACA